AUGUUUAUGGAUCGGGAAGCCGCGAUUCACUUUAUCGGCGGAGCAGUCGGUGGAACUGCCGGCACAGCCAUCACAUGUCCAUUGGAAGUGGUGAAGACACGAAUGCAAUCGAAACGCGGACUGGAUACUCAAUCCGGACCCAGUACUUCUUCAGGAAGUAGCUCUUCUACGAAAUCGUCGUCCUCUUCUUCAUCAACAAAAUCCAAUGGAUUCUUCAAAUCUGUCGUUUCCCAAAAAAACAGUUUCGGUUCCAACUUCCGUGGUGGACAAUUUGCUUUGGAAAGGAUUAUCAAUGGUGGUGGUUUUGCUGCGUUUUCCAGUAGAGCCAAUAUCUUCAAUCAAUUCACCAAUCCAACAGCCACUUCUCUCGUUCAAUACUGCGUUCGGAAUCUGUCAACCAGCGCCACCCCACCACCUCCAAGGCGGGGAACUAUUGUGUUCAGAUACAUAGGACAAGUUAUCAAGACUGAAGGUAUUGGAGCACUUUAUAAGGGACUCAUACCGAAUUUGAUUGGAGUGGCGCCUUCCAAAGCCGUCUACUUCUACACAUAUUCAACAUCAAAACGGUUUUGGAACGAUUCCGAGGUGCUGAUUCCAAAUUCUGCAAUAGUUCAUAUGGUAUCAGCUGGAUGCGCUGGAUUCGUCGCUGCUUCGGCUGUCAACCCGAUUUGGUUGGUGAAGACACGGCUCCAACUUCAUCAAGGGCACAUUGGAAUUUGGCAGAUGAUAAAGAGAAUUCAUAAGCGGGAAGGAUUCAAAGGAUUCUACAAAGGUGUAACCGCUUCGUACGCUGGUGUUUCGGAGACGAUGAUUCAAUUCUGUAUAUAUGAAUAUUUCCGUGGAUUGUUGCUCACUGAAGCAAAUGAGAUGGAUAAAAGGAAAAUGGACUUCCUCAACUUCAUGGUGGCUGGUGGAUCGGCGAAGUUUAUCGCCUGUGUUGUUGCCUAUCCACACGAGGUGGUACGUACGCGUCUUCGUGAGGAGACUGGAGAAGCUCGUGGAUUCUUCAAGACACUGUAUCAACUUUACAAAGAAGGUCAUAAAUCGAUGUAUCGUGGACUGUCGGUUCAGCUCAUGAGAACUGUACCCAACACAGCCAUCACCAUGGGAACCUACGAAUUCGUUGUCUACAUGCUCCACCAUCUAUAG